UACUGUGUGUUUGUACAGCCACUGAGAAGAAUUAGCCUAUAUAUAUACACUCAAAUUUAGAAGUUUCAUCAUAGUUUCAACCAUCUCUGCUUUCUCUCUCUCUCUCUACUCUCUGCUCUCUCUCUCUCUCUCUCUACUCUCUGCUCUCUCUCUCUCUCUUGCAUCAUAGUUCCAAAUCAGAACAUUGGUUGAUUUCGAUCAUUAACAAUAUCCGGCCAUGUCCAUGGGUUUCCUGUGGCUGUGGGUGGUUAUUUGCAUGUACAAUAUUAUUUGGUUGAGCUUUGUUUCUGUGUCGACAGCCGAGCUUCAGCGAUUUGAGCACCCUGUCAAAGCCGAUGGGUCACUUAGCUUCUUGGCGAUUGGUGAUUGGGGCAGAAGGGGUGCUUACAAUCAAUCUCAAGUAGCUUAUCAGAUGGGAGAGAUUGGAGCCAAAUUAAACAUAGACUUCGUGAUCUCUACUGGGGAUAAUUUUUACAGCAGGGGAUUGACCAGCGUAAAUGACCCUGCAUUUGUGGAGUCGUUUACUGAAAUCUACACUGCUAAGAGCCUCCAAAAGCAAUGGUAUAUUGUUCUUGGCAACCAUGACUACAGGGGAAAUGCUUUGGCCCAAUUGAGCCCAGUCCUUAGGAAGAUCGACAGCCGCUGGCUUUGCCUCAGGUCCUUUCUUGUUAACACAAAAAUUGCAGACUUCUUCUUCAUCGACACCAAUCCUUUUGUGGACAAGUACUUUCUGAGGCAAAAGCACUACCAGCAUGACUGGAGAGGUGUGCUUCCUAGGAAACAGUACACCUCCAACCUCUUGAAGGAUCUAGAUUUUGCAUUGAGAAAUUCUUCUGCAAACUGGAAAGUUGUCGUCGGACAUCAUACAAUCCGAAGCAUAGGGCAUCAUGGAGACACCAAAGAAGUAGUAGACCAGAUUCUUCCCAUUCUAGAGGCAAACAACGUUGAUGCGUACAUAAAUGGACACGACCACUGCUUGGAACACAUAAGCAGCACCAACAGCCAAAUCCAAUUCUUGACCAGUGGUGGUGGGUCGAAAGCAUGGAAGGGUGACAUUAAAAUGAAAAGGGAUGGGUCCAAGUUUUACUAUGACGGGCAGGGUUUCUUAUCUGCACAAUUUACAGAGACUGAUGCUGAAUUUGCAUUCUACGAUGUAUCUGGCACACUUCUGCAUCGUCUGAAUCUAUCCAAGCUUCUUUACGAUUCCAUGUAGAGAUGUCAAGACAGACUCUCCCCUAAGCGUUCUCUAUGAAAUAAAAUUACCCACGUUUUAUCUUCUUGUAACUUCUUGUAUCAAUGAAAAAUCCUCGACACGCGAACAGAAAAAUUACACAGUUUCAAAACCCUGCAAAAUGGUCCGGCUCCACACUUGAGAUCAAAGUAAUAAAAUCCUACCUAUUUCUCCA